UUACCAGCUGUUCUUGCUCGGGGCCGGCACCUAAAAUGGCGGAUGCGUGAUUCCAUUUGUUAUUUUUUUAAAAAGAAAAAGCCUUUUAUUUAUUUAAUAUGUAUAUAUAUCUAUUUCUUGGAGCAGCAGUGGUGACGACAACGUUGCGAUGAACGCGGAGGGACUGUACAGGCGGCUGUCGAUCUGGAAGGAAGGUGUUGUCUGCUUUUUGAGAGCGGUCGGCAGGCAGUAGGAGCGGCCCGGCCGGUUCCGUUGGUGCUUCUCUUACUCCCUCCCUACCCCCGCCAGUAUCCCCCCCACACACACCCUCCGGCGGGGUUCAUCCUGGUCUUUCUCUCCUUUAUUUUUCCUGAGUGCAUCGCUGUGCGAGAAUGGCUCAGGACCUCGGACAGGACUGAAGAUGCAACUUUAAGCUCUACCAUUUCAGAGGACAGUUAAGAGCCAAUGACAUAGCUGUGGAUCUAGAGUAAAAUCUAAGAAAUGUUUAUUUCCUAAUUGGUGAAAAGAGAUCUAAGAAGAAAUGUGACCUGAGCGUGUUUCAGAUUAGUGAAGCUUUUUACCUUCACACACACUUCUCCAUGGCCUCUCAGACUGGAAACAUGAACCGUGAAGAUAGAAAUGUACUACGAAUGAAAGAACGUGAACGAAGGAAUCAAGGAAUUCAACAAAAUGAAGAGACAUUCACUGGAAAUUCCCCUCUAUUUGCUGAGCCGUAUAAAGUACAGGGACGCACGGAAGAUAAACUUUCUAGCAGAAUCAAGAGCAUGUUGGGAAAUUAUGAUGAAAUGAAAGACUUGAUAGGAGAUAAAUCUCUUGAAAGGCUCAUAAGCACACCCAAAGGGACAGUUCCAUCAACUACAGAUGAAAAACCUGAUCAAGCUUUCUUUGGUGACCAGCGACACAGCACAUCUCACCAAAAUAGUAAGUGGACUCCAGUGGGUCCUGCAACUUCUGCUCCUAGUACUUCUUCACAGUCACAAAAGCGGUCAAGUUCAGGGUUGCAAAGCAGCCAUGGCAGUAGCCAAAGACUUAGUGGUGGCAGCAGCAAUACUAGCAGUAGCAGUAGCCAGAGACAUGAUCGUGAUUCAUACAGCAGCCGUAAGAGGAGUGGCCAGCAUGGAUCUGAACAUUCAAAAUCCCAUUCAGUCAGUCCAGCUAAGCCACCUGCAGUUUCUUCUUCAUUAAGUUCUGGUCAUUCUAGAUCUCAAGGAAGUGACCACCAUAGUAAGGAGCGGCAUCGGUCAAAGUCUCCUCGAGACCUAGAUUCCACCUGGGACUCUCCAUCUCGUGUUCAUACAUUUCCUGCCAGUGGACAGCAUUCUUCACAAUCAUUCACUCCUGCCUUGAUGUCCAAACCCAAUUCGAUGUUACAGAAACCUACUGCAUAUGUAAGGCCUAUGGACGGACAGGACCAAGCCCCUAAUGAAUCAUUAGAACCGAAAAUUCCUCCUGAGCCCUAUGGGAACCAGUCUCAUAGCAGUCUGGCAGAGAUGAAGUCUGGCAACAAAGUACAUCUCUCAAAACUAAAAAUUCCAUCUCAACAAGUGGAGUCUUCAGUGUCUGGUGAUGCCAGUUGCGUGGAUGAGAUUCUGAAGGAAAUGACUCACUCCUGGCCACCACCUCUGACAGCAAUUCACACACCAUGCAAGGCUGAGCCAUCAAAAUUUCCAUUUCCAACAAAGGAAUCUCAGCAUGUUAACUACAGUAUACCAGGGCAGAAGAGAUACAAUGCAGCAUCAAAAUCGACCUCCAACCAUCACCAAGCAAAAUGCUCUGAAACUGACCAAAUUGCUUCAAGAAUGUUGGAAGAUGACCUCAAACUUAGCAGCAGUGAAGACAGCGAUGCUGACCAGGAUUUGGGGAAAGCAACAUCAAGGGCUAAUCUUGAUGGCAGUUCUGAACUUUCCCAGCAAAACAGUGAGGGUGUGGAACCUCCAAGGGCUGAUUCCAGUAGCCACAGUGGGUCUGAAAGUAGUUCUGGGUCAGACUCUGAAAGUGAGAGUAGCUCUAGUGACAGUGAGGCGAAUGAACCAUCGUGUAUAUCUCCUGAGCCGGAGCCACCACCUUCAAGUAAGUGGCAAUUAGACAACUGGCUGAACAAGGUGAAUUCUCAUAAAGUUUCACCAGCUUCAUCUGUAGACAGUCACAUUCAGUCAUCACAGAGUCACAGUUAUAAGAAGGAGAACAGAGACCAGAGUACAUAUGAGGAUCCAGGUGGAUCCAAGGAUGGAAACACAGCCACUCCUGGAAGAGAUUCGAGGAGUGCACAGAAAGGGUCCGAAACUAGAAGUCGUCAAAAGUCACCAGCGCAAAGUGAUGGUAGUGCACAGAGGAAGACAGUUGGUAAAAAACAGCCCAAGAAAACAGAGCGGCCAACUGUAACUGAGGAACAAAGAGGAGGACUAAAAGUUGAAAGUGAGCCUACUUCAGACAGAGCAACUCCUAUUCCUGCAAAUCGUCAUAAAGCUGCUACAAAGGGUUAUAGAAAACCUAGCACAAAGAGAGAAUCCAAGUCUUCAACUCGAGUGACUGUUGAAAAAAGAAAACACAAGAGUGCCAAUAAAACACCUCAGAAAUCAAGGGAGUAUGUUGAAACAGACUCGUCUUCCUCAGAUUCUGAACAAAGCGAAACUCUCGCUCCUGCUUCUCAGACUCCAAAGUACUCUGAGAAUAAUAGGACUCCUGCCCAUAAAUCCUCUGUUGAUGGGGAAGACAACUUUUUUCGGCAAAGGCUUUUCUCUCCUAUGGAAGAGAAGGAACUCCUUUCGCCACUGAGUGAUGUUGAUGACAAAUACCGUAAUAUUACUUCACUCAUUGUUAGAAUUGACUUAAGUCUAUUAUCUAGGAAACCUGAAUCACCUCGUAAAGAAAUGGAGCAAAGUAAAGUGGAUAAGGAGAUCUCUUUGGAUAGGCACAUGCGAGACACUCCAAAGCAGUCCACUGAAAAAAAAUCAAAUAAAGGCAAGCGAAAACACAAGAACGAUGGGGAAAAUGAGAGUUGUGAAAUCAAAAGGCCUAAAGCUGAAGAAAGGAGUAGUUCUAAUCACAAGCCUUCCAGCAGUAAAGACUCUUUAAAACCAACUGCUGAAAGAGAAAAAGUGCCACUGCCUUCUCCAUCUGCGAGUGCUGCACAAAAGACACCCAAGACCGAGCAUAAGCAUCAGAGUCGCAGGAGAGCUGCCAAUCAAAACUCCACCUCAAAGAGUAGCACUGGUAACGCAAAGCAGAACAGUAGCAGCAAUAAUAGCAGCAAAAGCAAUUCUUCUUCUUCGAAACAUAAAAAAGCAGACGAGAAAACAUCAAUACGCCCUAAGGAGAAUAAAUUACAAGAGAAAACCCCAGUUAGCUCCUUGAACCCAUUACAAUCGUCAACACCAUCAGGAGAUGGAUUAAAGUCAAGAAGGCCCAAACUCAGCUUUGAUGACCGGUUGCAUUCAGCAGAUCAUUAUCUACAGGAAGCAAAAAAGCUUAAGCACAAUGCAGAUGCUCUGUCAGACAGGUUUGAAAAGGCGGUAUAUUACCUUGAUGCCGUUGUGUCUUUCAUCGAGUGUGGUAAUGCAUUGGAACGAAGUUCUCAAGAAGCUAAAUCACCUUUCCCCAUGUAUGCUGAAACUGUAGAACUGAUCAAAUACACUAUGAAGCUAAAGAAUCAUAUGGCACCUGAUGCUACUGCAGCCGAUAAAAAACUGGCUGUCUUGUGUCUCCGGUGUCAGUCACUUUUGUACAUGAGAUUGUUUAAACUGAAGAAAGACAGUGCAUUAAAAUACUCCAAAACACUGACUGAGCAUCUCAAGAAUUCAUAUAAUAGUGCUCAAGCUCAAUCACCUGGCGUAGGAAGCAAAGCUGCUGGUACACCAUCUCCAGUUUCUCCGAAGCUCUCCCCAGGUAAUACUGGGAGCUAUUCCUCUGGAAGUAGUACUUCCUCCAGUAGUUCUUCAGCCUCAGUCACAAUACCACAGAGAAUCCACCAGAUGGCAGCUAGUUAUGUUCAAGUUACAUCUAAUUUCCUGUUUGCCACGGAAGUGUGGGACCAAGCUGACCAGCUGGGUAAAGAAAACAAAGAUUUUUUUGCGGAGCUGGAUAAGGUGAUGCAUCCUUUGGUGUUCAGCAGCAGCAGUAUGACUGAUCUUGUGCGCUACACUCGUCAGGGUUUACAUUGGCUCCGACUGGAUGCUAAUCUUUUACCGUGAGCUUGGAGAAGUUGGACAGAAGACCUGAAAAUCAAUCGUUUACUUACUUUCUCAACUCUUUCAUGUCACUGUUUCGACUUUUCUAAUUGUAAAUAGGCUUCUGACCUUUUACAGAACAAAAAAUUAUGACGAGUUACAUGCUGAUUAAACUAUUUUUAAACCCAGUACACAGAACUAUUUUUAACUCAAAUGUUACAUUUUUUCACAGAUACCUUUAGAAAGAGCUUCAGAAGCUUUUCCCAAUUAUGAAGGAUCCUUUUUUCUUUGCAUCAGUCUCCUAAUCAUGUAAACACUGUGACUAGCAUCUUUUACAUUACACUAAUCAAGCAAUCAGAGCUAAGAUAUAAAAACCAGUCACCUUGCAUGAAUCUCUAAUGUGUGCUUUUAUGUUUUAUUUUAUGUUCUAUUUAAUAGUUCCAUAGAAGUUCAUAAAUAUUCUAAGAAUAGCUAAAUUUUGUCUACCUUUUGAAAACUGUUUAAUUUCUAGACUGAAUCAGGAACUAUCACAGGGUAUAUUAAAAAAAGGUCUUACUAAUUGUGAGAGACAAUAGCAUGUUCAGGCCAGGUUUUGUUUCCAGGUUGAAUGCUGUGACCUACUUUGGAAAUUUAUUUAAUCCUUGAAAGUAGAAAACUGUGCUAUAACUUUGGUGAACAGUUCUUUCUGAACAGCAUUGACUUCCUAGCCUAGUUGAUUUAAUUGUGAACAGAUUUAUUAUCAGUUGACCAUUUUGAGACAUUGCUUAUGUAGUACUUUACAUUCAUUUUUGAAUGUUAUGUACUAAAUAAUUGAAUUGUCUGAAAUGGUUUAGUGUAACAUUUGUACAGAAUGCAUGUACCCUUGUACAGGAGAUAUAUAACAUUCAUAUGGUUAUAGAAACCUAUCUGCGCUGCUGGAAAAUGAAUAGCAGCUUCUUGCAUCCCUACUCACUCUGAUGUGCUUCCAACAAUCUGCUGGUCUGCUUCACUGGGUAAGGGUCAUGUACAAUCUACAGUGUACAUUGAGAGGUGCACAGCUAGACUCAUGAACUGGUAACUUUUACAUUAAAGGCUGUAUUCAUCUGAAAUGUUUUUAAUUUAACUUUUUUUAAGUGAGAAUGAGAUGUGCCACAGCUUAGAAAGUACUUUUAAAUAAUUGAGUUUCUAUGUAGUCUGUCUAAGAUCUGGAAACUAAGAUCACCAAUGCAAUGAUAAUUAUGCAUCACAGUUACACUGCUGCUUGAAAUGUCAUUGGUUAACAUAAAUGCAUUUCUUUAAAACAAGCAGUAUAACAAAGUUAUUGGUUUUCAUUUUACAUAUGUUUUUGUUUCAUACUCUUUGAGAAUUUGAAUCUGCCACGUCAAACAUUCUUGGAUGUGCCUUAUGCAUCUCUUGUAUUUCUCUCCUGGUUUGUUUUAUAUUUACAGUAGCUUACAAGGUGCUAGAUCAAACUGGCUGUAAUGAUGUAAUUUUGCAGAAAGCUAAUUAGAGUUAUGUUCUCCAUCUUGAGUUAUGUCAUUUUGUUGAAUGUUGGUAUAGUUUGUAACUACAUCUGCCAGAUAUUUAUGCCACUCUGACAUUUUGUAAAUGAUUACACUACUGUUGGAAGUGGAUUUUAAGAAUAAGCAACUAAAUGUUGGGGUGGGGGAGGUGUGGAUGCAAAUUUUCUGGUAAUCUGCAGUCAGAUGAACUGAAGAAAUAUGGCAGCCUAAAGUAGAGUCUAUUUUACUGUAACUUUGUUUUAAGUCUAACUAACCUCAGUCUAGAAAUAUUUACCAUGUUGAAAGUUGUUAUUUUAAAAAGUUAUUUUCCUGCCAACUAAAAAGGAAAUCGUAUACUUGACAUAUUCUAGAUGAUUAGACUGCAGUCAGCAAAUAUGUAAGUAGUUUAAAAGAAAAAAUGCAAUUUAUUUGGAGGGGUUAUUAAUCUAAAUCAGGCCAAUUUAUUUAUGUAUUUAUUUUUUUUUAUUUUUGGGGCACAUUCUAAAGAUGUUUCUUUUUGCUGCUGUAAAAUAUUGUGAAAUGGAUUUCCUGCUGAAAAUCCACCAAUGUGCUUUGAAGUGAGAAGUGGCAUCAGUAUUGAGAGUAAGUACAUGGAUGUGAUAGAAAGUAAAUGAAUUGCGUAAGUGGGAGAGUUCAACCUUUUCAGAAAAAGAUUUAAAUUAUUGAACAUUUCCAAUAUGCAUGAUGUGGAAAGACCAGCCUGAGAGUUAAGAACAGGGAUUUUAUAACCCGGGGGUAGACAGGAAUAUGUUUUUAAAAAAAACAAUAAAAUGGCAACAGUUCAUGUCCUUAAGAAUUUUACAAUGGAGCUGCAUGGGACAGCUCGACAACUGUGCUUUUUCUUGCAUCUGUUACUGCCGAAAUGCCUUUGUGUUGGUGGCAAACUUUGAAGAAGUCAAGCUUAUAAAUUUAAUCAAAAAAUGAGGGCACCACUUGUUAUAGCCUAACACUUGCAAAUUAGUCUACAAUGUAUUAUCCAGUGUCCGUUCUGUAGAAACUGCUAAUGUUUUGAAACACAAGGAAUGUCCAUUGAACCACUAGCUAGCAGUCUUCCUGUACAGUGGUAUCUGGAAAAAUCCUCAAAUGUUGUCAGACAGCCGAAUUCCAAAAUAGUUUCAACCUUUACUGUUGUCGUCUUGCUCUAUGUGUAUGUGGUGUUAAUUCUGAAGGUGUGUAAUAGGUUUGUGUUUGAUACGAUGUCUGCCCAUAAAGUAUCAAAAGUUUUUAAAUGUAAUGUGCAUUUCUAAUUAUAAAUGUUUAUUUGAUAGAAAUAACUGACCUUAUAAUAUUUUAUAGUAUUUAUUGCUGUAGGUGUCUAGGUCAUCUAGACCUUUUAACAUGCUGUUUGCAUUUAAUGCCUCCCUUUGGUUUAUACUUUCAUUUUAAGAAUCCAAAGAUGAACAAAAUUUACUGGAAACUAUCUCAUUUAGUUCCUACAGAGUAUUUUUGUUUAAUUCCAGUCUAGCGCUGCAAAUGAACUUUUAAAAACAUAUUGAGCAUUCAAAUAUAGUAAAAUAUGACAGAAACCAUUUACAGUAAAUGGAAAGGGAAGUGAUAACUAUGAACAUUUGAGAAUACAGCUGACUUUUGUAUGUUCCUGUAAUUACGUUAUUAAAGCAUGUUGUAAUCAGUGUUUAUACCUCAUCAAAUCAUUGUUCUCAAUUUACCAGUGGCUUUUGAAUUUUAAUUUGGGGGAUUUCCUGAAAUCAAAUGUUUUGUUUAUUUACACUUACGCAAAGUUCAAUUGGUUGUUAGAUUGGUUCUUAAUAUUCAUUCUGUUCUCCAGCCCCAACCCUUCAAUAAACAGAUUUUGUUUGUUUGUACCAAUAAUGGAAAGAAAUAAAGUAACUUAAAUACAAGUAUUUUACAUAGUUUUGGAGGUCCUCAAAAUAACUGCCUGUACUUUAUUUCUGCUACGAGUUUAUGCAGUGUUAUCCCCAUCUAAUAAAUGUGUUGCUGAAUGCAAUUAGUUAAUAUAAUUUAGUAUAUGUAACUGGCAAAGUGUAACUCUUUAGAACUUAUGGGAAAUUGACUACACUUGAUUCUAAUUUUCUUUUAAUUUUGUUUCAAAUAACUCUUUGCUUAUGAUUUAUAACACAUAUGACAUUGACUUGGAGGUGAAUAGUGAACUCAGUGAGCAAAAGCUUUAUAUCUAUGGGUGAGGUUUCUCUAACAUAGUGCCAUCUCUUGCAGUAUAUACAGUAUUUGGCUCUACAAAGUACUGCAGAAUGAAGAUUGUCUCAGAUAUGAUACGUUUGCAUUGGGAAGUAUUUGUAAAAUAAUUUGUUUAUGGCAAUUAAAGCACUGUAUAACCUAAACUUUUGGCUUCUGUAAAGAAUAUUAUAUAUUUCCAUCAUAAUGGAAAAGGGUUUUUAGCAAAUCUAGAUUGUUGCAGCCCCACUCUGUAUUUUUCAAUUUCAGCCACAAGUUGCAUAUUUUUAACAAAAAUGAGAUUCACGUAUUUACUGUGUAUAAAAAAAUUCUCGGACUCUUGUUAAUUAUUCUGUCAGAAAAGUAGGUCUGCUUUGUAUAAUGCAAAAUUGUUAAAUUUAGUGAACUUCCA